UUUCACUUGCCCAAACAAAGCUUUUUAGUUUUCUUCUUCUCACAGAGAGCCAGAGAGAGAGAGAGAGAGAGAAAGAGAAACAGAGCAUUUCAAUGGCGGUCGAGGCAAUCCCAGUCUCAGUGGCGGGAGGAGGAGACGCUCUUGCCCAGAAGAAGAACAGGAUCCAGGUCUCCAACACGAAGAAACCUCUCUUCUUCUACGUCAAUCUCGCAAAGAGGUACAUGCAGCAACAUGAAGAGGUCGAACUUUCUGCUCUUGGGAUGGCAAUCACGACCGUUGUUACAAUUGCUGAGAUUCUGAAGAACAAUGGUUUAGCUACUGAGAAAAAGGUUUUGACAUCUUCAGUUGGCAUGAAAGACGAGAACAAGGGUCGGAUGAUUCAGAAGGCUAAGAUCGAGAUUGUGUUGGCAAAAUCUGAGAAAUUCGACAUGCUGAUGACGGCAAACAAUACUAAAGCAUCCGCAAAUACAGCUGAGGUUGCUGCUGUUGACAAUGAGAAGAAAGAACAAGAAUCAGCCAACUAGACUGCAUCGAUCAGCUCCCCCUCUGUUGUUGUCUUGUAUUCACACUUCCUGAUCUUUUCUGUGAUGCUUUCGGUUAUGGUACAGUGAUUCUGUGGUAUAGAUAGGUAGCUUUUUCGUUUGUUUGUGCUUUUGAUCCCCCAUCUUGCAAAGAAGAGGUGUGUAGUAGCGAGUAGGGAAUAGGAUGAAGCGUAUAGAGACAGAGACAUGGCAAUGAACUCAGUGCCUUACAUGGAAAUGUGAAGGUCUCAUAUUCUUUAGCUUUCGACCUUGCUCAAGUCAUUCUUUUUCUUUUUUCUUUGAAAUGAAUGUUAUCCAUGAUAUCCAAGUGGCCGCGUCAUUUCUCGGUUUUGAGUUUUUGUCCUUUUUAACAGAAGCAAAUUAUAGCUUGAACAGUGGUGUAAAUUUCUGUCAA